UGUAUUUGUUGCGUGUGUGUUAGUGCGUAAUGGCUUUCCCAAUACUGUACAUGGGAGUGCUUAAUUGACUUUGCAGGCGUGUGCGGCAAACACACACUCACGGAGGGGCGUGGUGAUGUGAGAGGUGCAGCCUUUUAUCAAUACCACCGGCAGGCCGACUGGAAGAUGAGCGCAUCAACCUUUGAAUCAUUAAUCAUCCGUGGUGUCUGGGCUUGCUGCGUUCAGCAUCUUCAUGUUAACAAACUCCCAUCAGCCGGUGAAACUAAGCAUUAAAAUGCGACAAAUGGGGCCGAAACAUCUCCAAAACAAACAGGAUUAGUUGCUGUUGUGUUGCAUUAACACAAAGUGACAGUCUUCCUCAGGGCUUGUAAGCAAAAGGUCACAGGUUUGAUCUUCUUGGUGCAGCCUGUCUUAGAAAUGUAGCCAUGCUGUCCUGCAACAUCUUAAAACAACACAUUAGGCCUAAUCCAAUGUGGAAAAUUGUGGAUGGAUGCUGUACAAAACAAGACCAAAAUGUUUUUUAGUGAGUAUGAAUUCAUUAAAAAAAUGCAUUUAGCCAGAAUAAACCCCUUUAUUAAACUACUGAAUGAUUUGAAGUAUGCUAACUGAACGUGGACAGCCCACUUGGAUGUAGCCCAAUAAAGCUAUUAGCCUAAUUAGCAGGCCGCUACAAGAAGGGAAUGAAAGCGAUGUUGGCUGUAAUAUUUCUUAAGAAGUGAAUGCUGAGUUAGACGAAACUUAAAAAACGUGUUCGUCGUGAAAUUCCGCUCGUUGCGUCGCGUUGCUUGCGGUGCAUUUCCAAAAUGACUCAAUCGUCGACCAAACAAGCAACAUGAAGCUCAGUGUAUUAUAUUGUACUUAACUACGUGAGCUAUAAUGUCAACACUAGCCACGCCCAAGACUGAAGAUCCACUUUGAUUCAAUACAAAUGUCUUUUUUUUGGUGGUGGUGGGGGGGUGUCAGUUGAAUUCCUGACAUUUGUCGUGCCAUUUGUCAUUAGUUAGUAAAUCAAGUUGUUGUGUGACUGGUUUGUCUGCUGAAAUGUUUCCAAUGAUGAGAUUAGCAUCACCUGAUGGGGGACAAGAUGCUCUCUCAUAGCUUCUGUUUCUUAUCACCCAACAAAAAUGCUGAAUUAAGUAUUAAUAUUUAACAUAAAAUACCUAGAGAUAGUUUUAUCUACCUUUAGAAGUAAUACAAUGUCAUGUUUGUUGCAUUUGAUAGCGCUCUCACAGUGAAACUCCACCUGCUUCACCCUAUCUGACCACGAGGUGUCACUAUUACAGCGUCUUCAGCCCUGUCAGCAGUAUUUGAAUGGGUCCAAGCACAAGAUUGUGACUUAAUUAGAUUUCUUAAUUAGACCGUUUAUCUGUCAAAACAGUCCAGCCCAGGCGUCUACCGAGUGUGAUGCAGUAAGUCUUUCCGUCAGAGAUCAUAAUAUAGCUGCAGCGUCCCCUGCUCCCUGAAAAAUCAAUUCUCUGCGUUUUUUUUGCUCACCCAAGAUUGUUUUCUCUCUCACUGUUGGAACUAAAAAUAUGUUCAUUGUUCCUUUAUUUUAAUCAGUUUACAUUGAAUUCCCCUGCCAAUACAGAAACGGGGAAGAAUGGGAAUAAAGCAACAGGAAGUUAAAUGUGAAAAUGUUCCACUGUGGUGUGUAACCCCCCAGUGACACGCUCCAAAAUAAUGUAGAAAAGUCUACCCAGAUUUUCUCAUGAAAAUAGUUGUCACACUCUGGUGAAAGUGGACAGCGUCCUCACACACACACACACACACACACACACACACACACACGGAUGAAAACAUGCAGGCCUCCAUCCUCCUUGUCCUUUGUCAACAAUGACUCAGGUCCUAUGCGUGUCAGUGGGCGGAGCCAAGCCGCAAGACAGCAGUCUGGUUCUUCCUGUUUUGUUCCUGCACAUGUUGUUAAGUGUGUGCGGGUGUGUUGUACACCUGAAAGUGACUUUGCCGUUUGUGUUUAGAUAGAAAAGGUGUCAGGUUUUCCAUUGACACACACAGGCACAUGCACGCUUUAAAAAAAAAAAAAACAUCAAGUAAAAGGACACGACCUUUCACCUCUGUCACACAUUAACAUUUGCUACUGUGAGGUUCGGUAUCAAUAUUAUUGAUUCACUAAGCAAAUUCUCCAUGAAUGGCUUUGUUUGGUCUUUUUGUGAAGUCUUAUUAGUGGCGGCCAUUUUUGUUAUCCUGCCAUAACUCUUUCAAAACACUUAAUUCCAUAAUAGAGCAAUAGUUGGCUAAAUAGAUACAAUAGAUGGGCGCUAAACUGUUAAAUAAUAUUGUCUGAAAAUAAGAAAUUGAACAUUGAUGUGUCGUUGGUACUGCAGUUUUGCGGCAUCUCUGUGUGAAAGAGGCGUAUGAAUGAGACUGUCAUGCCACGUAGGUGAGAAAUAGGUGAGUGGACGGUUGCGAACUUUCCACUCUCCCACUUGGACACUCGGGCAGCGUCUCUGUGUGCCUCUCAUCUGCUUUUAUUACACAGACAGGUACAUUUGACAGAAGGCCCGCCCCUUUGGCUGUCAUUGGCUGUCUUGGCGCCUCCUCCUCGCUGCCAAGGGAAGUUUCUCUGCAGUGGCGGUCCGCAUUUCACUGAUGACCACCCUGAGUGUCUGAGUGUGUGUGUUUGUCCCUGUGUGUGCCUGUGCUGGCAUGUGGUACAGAAUGGAGGACGGGGUAGCAGGGGGGAACAGUUCAUGCUGAGGAUGAUGAGGAUGGGCUUCCCUCAGCCGUCGCAGGCUCAGGUGAGCCCCGGGCUCCAGACUGAGUGUUAGCCAUGUUGGGUCAGGCCCAGUCGACCACCAGCACGCUGCAGCUGGUUGCCAACGACAUGAGCGGCAUCAUGGAGACGCUGGAUGCCCGUGAGCUGGACACGGACGACAGCCACUAUCACACCACCGAUGCCGGAGUACCAGCAAAGACUUUGCCCUUCAUGGCUGUCUACAACACGGUGGGCUUCAAGGAGAGCAAGGCCGACGUCUUCCUGUCCUCGCCCAUCACCGCCAAGAUCCUGGAGGUGGAGCGCUUCACGUCAGCCCAGGACCGCUUCAACGUGAGCCAGCAGCGGAGCGUCAGCAAGUCCAUGCCUGCCGUGUACAAGAUCGAAAUGAAGCACGGCGAGUUCACCUGGUUGGUGAAGAAGAAGGAGAAGCACUUCCUGGAUCUGCACCGAGACCUGCGCACCUACAAGGCCGUCAUGAGUCUGCCUCGGCUGACACGCAGCCACACCCUGAGGAGGCCGGCGGACGAGAGGGACAUUCCCAACCUGCCCAGAAGCGGCGGAGAGGAGCUGGCCAGAGAGGAGCAAGUAUCCAGCAGGAAGAAACAACUAGAAGAUUACCUCAACAAGCUCCUGAAGAUGCCCAUGUACCGGCACUACCCCGGCAUGAUGGAAUUCAUUGACGUCAGCCAGCUGUCAUUCAUCCACGAUCUGGGCCCAAAGGGCUUAGAAGGAAUGGUGCUGAAGCGAUCUGGCGGCCAUCGGAUUCCUGGCUUAAACUGCUGCGGUCAGAGCAAGAUGUGUUACCGCUGGUCCAAACGCUGGCUGGUGGUGAAGGACUCCUUCCUGCUGUACAUGAAGCCCGACUCGGGCGCCAUCUCCUUCGUGAUGCUCUUCGACAAGGAGUUCAGCAUCAAGAUGGACUCUAAGGACACGGAGACGCAGCAUGGCGUGCGCGUGGACAGCCUCUCCAGGUCGCUGGUGCUCAAGUGCAGCAGCUACAGACACGCCCGCUGGUGGGGGCAGGCCAUCGAGGGCUUCGUGCACAAGCACGGUGGCGCCUUCCUCACCGACCACCGCUUCGGCUCCUUCGCCAUGCAGGAGGAGAACGUCCCGGCCAAAUGGUACGUGAAUGGGAAGACCUACAUGGAGGACGUGGCCAACGCUCUGGAGGAGGCCAAGGAGGAAAUCUUCAUCACAGACUGGUGGUUGAGUCCGGAGAUCUUCCUCAAGAGGCCCAUCGUGGAGGGAAACCGCUGGCGUUUGGAUCACGUGCUGAGACGUAAAGCGCAACAAGGAGUGCGUGUCUUCGUGAUGCUCUACAAGGAAGUGGAGCUGGCGCUGGGCAUCAACUCAGGCUACAGCAAGCGAACGCUCAUCCACCUUCACCCCAACAUCAAGGUGAUGCGUCACCCCAACCACGUCUCGUCCGCCGUCUACCUGUGGGCGCAUCACGAGAAGAUCAUCGUCAUUGAUCAAUCUGUGGCCUUUGUGGGCGGGAUCGACCUGGCGUAUGGCCGCUGGGAUGACCGAGAGCACCGACUGACGGACGUGGGGAGCGUGACCUUCUCGCACCAGGACCAGGUCGAGGAAUCUACCGCCAAUGCGACCGCUCAAGCCAACGGUAGUGGCGGCGUGUCCGGCGGCCACACGAACGCCGCAUUCUCGGCGGACGACACGGUGGUGCAACCAAAGCUCAAGGGUCAGGGAAGGAUGAGGAGGAUGAAGAUGAGCAUCAAGAGGCACCUGCAGAAACACGGCCUGUCUCACCCCGAUAGCGACGACGAGCUGGACGACGAAGACCGAAACGAGGCGGAGCGAAAUCUGCAGUCGGACGUUGGCGAUUUGUGCGGGAAUACUCGCUUCUGGCACGGAAAAGAUUACUGCAACUUUGUGCACAAGGACUGGAUAGAGCUGGAUAAACCUUUUGAUGAUUUCAUAGACCGACACAUCACUCCCAGAAUGCCCUGGCACGACAUCGCCUCCGUGGUUCACGGCAAAGCUGCCCGCGACGUCGCCAGACACUUCAUUCAGCGAUGGAACUUCACAAAGAUCGUGAAGCCCAAAUAUCGUUCCCUGUCCUUUCCGUAUCUGCUGCCCAAGUCGCACACCUCCGCCGGAGAGCGGCGCUAUCAAGUCCCCGGAUGCACCACCACUAAAGUUCAGAUCCUUCGCUCGGCGUCGGAUUGGUCGGCUGGCAUCAAGUACCAUGAAGAGUCCAUCCACAACGCCUACGUGCACACCAUCGAGAACAGCCAGCAUUUCAUCUACAUAGAAAAUCAGUUCUUCAUCAGCUGCGCGGACAACAGGCACGUUUUCAACAAGAUCGGCGACGCCAUCGCCGAGCGUAUCAUCAAAGCGCACAGGGAAGGUAAAAAGUACCGCGUGUACGUGGUCACGCCUCUGCUGCCCGGCUUUGAGGGUGACAUCAGCACCGGAGGAGGCAGCGCCAUCCAGGCCAUCAUGCACUUUAACUACAGGACCAUGAACAGAGGCGACCAGUCCAUCAUCUCGCAGCUGAAAAGAGAGAUGGGAGACCAGUGGAUCAACUAUAUCUCCAUCGCCGGCCUGAGGACGCACUCCGAGCUGGAGGGGAAGCUGGUCACAGAGCUCAUUUACGUGCACAGCAAGAUGCUCAUCGCCGAUGACAACACCGUCAUCAUCGGCUCAGCCAACAUCAACGACCGCAGCAUGCUGGGAAAGCGGGACAGCGAGGUGGCGGUGAUCGUGGAGGACUCGGAGACUGUGACGUCGGUGAUGGACGGGAUGGAGUACCAAGCGGGACGCUUUGCUCUGCAGCUUCGCCUGGAGUGCUUCAAGACAAUUCUGGGCGCUCACACGGACACCACCAUCGAUGUGUCGGACCCCAUCAGUGAUCAGUUCUACAAGGAGGUCUGGAUGAGCACGUGCGCUCGUAACGCCACCAUCUACCAGAGGGUUUUCCGAUGUCUACCAUCCAGCGACGUCCGAAACCUCCUUGAGCUGGAGAGCUACCUGGCCAAGCAGGGCCUGGACAAGGAGGACAUGGCCCGAGCUCGUGAAGAGCUGAAGAAGAUCCGCGGUUUUGUAGUGCAGUUCCCAUUGCAGUUCCUGUCCGAGCAGAACCUUCUCCCUCCUAUCGGCUCCAAAGAGGCCAUGAUGCCCAUGGAGGUGUGGACCUGAGCCCCCAGUGUGUCUGACUCACAGGACUUCAUCCAAACUUUUUUUUUGCCCCCCCCAAACCUCAUCUCACCGCUCAUUAACACCACGUCAGAUGAAAUAAUGACGUCCCUCCCGCUGCAAAACGAAGGCAGACGAGUGGAGAUGCUGAGUGACAUCAUCUUAACAGGUCGUCAUGGUGACGCAAGCAGCUUCUCAGCAGCAGUGAGGUGGUGAACGUCCUGCAGGCAGAAGAAUAGAUGAUGUAUGCAACGUCCAUGAGUAGGGAACGCCAGGAAGACACUACAAGCCUCAGCUCCCGCCUCCUGGCCACGCCCCUUGGCCACGCCUGCUUCUACGUGUGAUAUUUACAUCAAAUCCCAAGUGCCAAAUGUAUGAUAGACCUCCACUGCUGAUUCUGUGCUAUCCAUCCAACGACCACGUGACCAUUGGAACAUGGGCACUUGUGACGUGUUCAAGUGUCAUCUGCGGACUUGUGGUAUUUCUCCAAAACAUGUGAAGGCAGCAUGUUCCUCCGUGAUGAUAGUGGUCUGCAUGUACUCCUCUUCGGAGUCUUCCUCUCUACCUCGCUGUGCUCCUACCUCCCGCCGCAGCUUUUGUCAUGGAUUCCCUCGUCCUCUUAAAGUUGCCUUGAAACGGCAAGCAACAGCAGCAACAGGAAGUGAGUUCUCCGCAUGUGUCCCUCCAACUCGUCAACACUGUGUCUCCACCAAAAUGCUAAGUUUGCACAGACUGUCGUGUUCAUGUGGCGAACGUGCUCGUGCAAAUAAAGAAAUAAUGAGGUUCAUGAA